GAUGUGGUGGCCCUGCCAGAGAGCGCGAGCUGAACGAGGCUUGAUUGAUGGUGCAGAUUGAUAACAGAUAUCUCGUGAACCCUUCUGCAUCGGCACGCCGCCUCUUUAUGUCGACUCGGGCCUAUGCAACCGCUCUAGUACAUCCAGCAUAGCCAGCAUGGCCAGCCCGCUCCAGCGCGCGCUUCCAUCUCAAGACGGUUUUGAGGGAGCCUUUCCCCCAAGACCGCUGCUGUUGGACGUCGUAGCCACCAUUCUGUGGUUCGUCGACGAGGGCGCGCGCCUCACCACACUAGCGCUUGGCCAUGCCAGUGUCGCUGUGGCAGGACGACCAAGAGACGGCCCUCCACUGGCCCAAAACGGAGUGCCAGAAUGCUUCGCCAUACCCGAAAUACCAGCGCUUACCGCCACCACCUCCCGUCCACUCUGUACCCGUGAAGCCGCAUCCGGACAAGACGUCUCAGUGCCUCAUCUACCCAACACGCUCACUGGCCUCAUGCCCUUAGCCCAAAAUAUCCCCACAGCCGCUUCAAAGACCUCUCAAACCACCACUCGCUGCCCGUCAUCGAAGCCACCCGGAGACUUUUGGAGUAGCGUCAAGCACCAGAAUGCUGAAUAGAAGACGCCAAAUAUAGCCGUCGCUACGUAGAACA